AGGAGCAAAGCCAGGAAGAUAUCGGAACACAAGACAAUAAGUAUAAGGGAUCGGUAGCUACCUCUACAGCAUCAUGUACGGCCCACAAGUUCGAGAUUAGCGUACCUGGAAAUAUAGUGGCUAGGGAUUCUAGAGCGCCACGUUGGUGUGCGCUCACCCUUCAUAGACCCGUUUGGAGUACAACAAGCAGAUGAGCUGGACAGGCAUACGUCGCUGCCAUCCUAUGCUCCAGGUGAUGUAACGUCGACAUGGAUACUGGCUCAGCCUCGCAUGGGAUGAGGGAGUUGAGAUGUCACUAUCUGGGCCUUCUGCUGUUACAAGUUCUGUUUCUGAGGAAGUUCAGACUCGGUUCCUCCACCAUAGUCAAAUCUCUGAAGCUAUUGGAGGGUUGCCGACUUUGCCAUAUCCACUUCCUGGAUCAAGUUUUGACAACUCGAUCGACAUUGAUGCUCUCAGAAACACGGGAAAUGAUAAUAGUAUUAUCUCUCAUGAUUUACAACGCCCCGGUGACAGUAUUGAAAACCCAAUUGAUCUUGAUACAGUUUCCGCAGCAACGAGUGAUGUAACUGAGCUCAUUGCCUCCUUACCGGUAAGCCUGGCCCAGACUGAGCUUAUGCCAGACGGCCGGUCCCUAGAAACAUACUAUGAGUGCAAGAUAUGUUAUUGUAAGGUAGUAGACCUGGUGCUAGGCUGUGGCCAUACCUACUGCUAUAAUUGCUUCAAUAACUUCUUCCACGACUCUGUUCUCAGGCAAGCUAGAAGAAGACAAGCAUUGGCGUAUGAGUAUCUGGCAGGCCGACAAUGCAAGCCAUUAUGUCCUUAUUGUAUGGAGUACUUCCCGGGCAGUAUACGGACCCUGAGGAUCGUGAUUAUCUCAAAGGCUUCUAUGUCCCACUAAGUUGCCAGGAACCGGGAAGGUUGCAUUGCUUUAUCGAUGACUACAUGGUGCAGGGCGUCAGAUUGAGC